GGAGGAAGAGCAGCGUGACGCAGGGGGGGGUCGAGCACCGUGUGGAACAUCUUCUAUGGGGAGCAGUCCCGCACUUAUCAGGAGCUAACAUGACCGAUCGGCACAAAUCUUCCCAAGGAAGUUUGUAGUGACCCACUUUCCACGUUUAGCCACUUUUUUUUUUUUUUUUUUUAGACCUCGGCCAAGUGGGAAUGUGUCCAACUUGACUGUAGAUUCUGACAUUGUGGUGCUGAACGGACAGCGACCGGCUGUGAGGACUUGACAAAAGAACAGCCCUUUUCUCUCUUUAACUAUCCACACUUGUGCACGACUUCCAUUUGCUAAGUAGAAAACACUGCUUCGGGAAUGUUCCCUUUAACUCUACCACUGUUUGCCGGGAGCUAAAACUUGAAUUGACUUUUCAUAACGCCUAACUUGUCAGAGCGAGUGGUAGACCCCUGUGAGUGCGUGUGCGUGUGCGCGCGCGCGCGUGUGUGUGUGUGUGCCAUCAUGCCUCGCUCUUUCUUGGUGAAGAAAGUCAAGUUGGAUGACAUUUCGGCUGCUGAGCUGGAGAGCUCGUAUUGUCACGGCCGAAGAGGAGAACUGAGCCUACGAUUCCAUCAUCGUGAUAAAGGUUACGUGCGGAAUUAUCUCACCCCCUCUCACUAUGACGACGUGGUGGGCAGCGACUCAUCGGCCAUCUCUAAAGUGCCCUCCUCCCCGAGCCACUCGUCAAUCAUCUACAGCCGCAUCGACGACACCUUCAGCGGCAUCCACGGCGAUUCCGACCAGCCGGACAGCCCCAGGUCAGAGGUGUCCUCGUCGGCCAGCGGUUACAUCAACGGGGACGCCGCCGUCAGCGAGGGCUACACGGUGGACGCCUUCUUCAUCAUGGAUGGGCGCUCGAGGCGGAAGGGCGCCGCCACCCCCAGGGGGGCCCCGCAGAGGCACUCAUGCAGCGAAUGCGGCAAGACCUACGCCACGUCUUCCAACCUGAGCCGGCACAAGCAGACGCACCGCAGCAUGGACAGCAAGAUGGCCAAGAAGUGUCCCACGUGCGGCAAGGUCUACGUCUCCAUGCCGGCCAUGGCCAUGCACCUGCUCACGCACGACCUCAAGCACAAGUGCGACGUCUGCGGCAAGGCCUUCAGCCGCCCGUGGCUGCUGCAGGGCCACAUGCGCUCGCACACCGGCGAGAAGCCCUUCGGGUGCUCGCACUGCGGCAAGGCCUUCGCCGACCGCUCGAACCUCCGCGCUCACAUGCAGACGCACUCGGCGUUCAAGCACUACAAAUGCAAGCGCUGCGACAAGACGUUCGCUCUCAAGAGCUACCUGAACAAGCACUACGAGUCGGCGUGCUUCAAGGGGGCCUUCUCCCCACUCAGCUCGGUGGGGGAGUGACUUAUAUCCUUCCAAACGCUCCCAAAUCCAUCUCCUCGCCUCAAUAGGGGCUGAGGACCUCGCAGCGUGAAAACCAGAACAUGGCUUCCAAAUGUGGACUCACUCACAAAAGAUAAAUCAAGCACAGAACAUCUAGCUCAUCACUUCCAAGACACCUCCAUCUAUUUAUGGCCACGAUCCUCCUCACAGGGGACACAAGCAAGCACAAAUUCUCUCCUCGUCUUCAGUCGCCAUCCUGCAAAAAGAGAUUAAAUCAACUUCCAGACAUUGUUCAUAAUUUAGGGGAGAGAUUUUUCCUACCCGGGACUUGAACUUGUGUUGUGUAACCUCGCUGAAGUGAAGAACAAAUUUGUACAAUUUGACAGGCAACAGAGUUUCCAAGUUACAGUAUAUAUGGGUGCAGCUGCUUCUUGGGUGAAGGAGUCAAACAAAAACACACCAGGGUAUUUUUCCUUCCUACGAACAACCUAAACAAAAUGUUUUAGCUGCCAGUGUUAGGCCAUGUCCACAUAAACACGGAUGUUUUCAAAAUCGCACAUUUCUCCCCCCCAAAAUAUCUGUAAAUAUCCCAUUUGACCAUCUGUCAGGCGCAUUUUGGCCUGUGAGAAGCCUAAAGAAGCAACCACAGCUGACUUGUUUGCACAUUAUAAUGCCUUUAUGAGCAUAGGAAGUGUUUAUAAGUGUGAGAGGUGGGCUUAUGAAGACUUUAAUUGCAUAUAAUAUUCGUAAAAAUCAUAAAAAUAAAUAAAUACCAUCACUACUUUGCUGAAUUUUCACCUACCUUGCAAUAAACGAUGGAUGUACAAUGAUGUGUACCUUACGUUUAAAACCUGGGGGCCAUUUGCAGCCCACAGCAACAAUUUGACCCACACAUUCUAAAAGUACUAUUACAGCAAAAACACAUGGCAUGUGUAUUAAAAGAACAAAUAGAUGUAAAGUGACUGGAAUAAGAUGAAAUGUUGGCGCUAAAAACUAGGGUUGGAAGAUGUAUAUUUUUUAAAGAAAAUUUCCGCUUCUCAAGAACUACACCAAUAACCGAUUAACUUGUUUUUUAAAUGUAGAUUUUAAUGUACGAUAUUUUUCGGACCAUAAGCCGAUAUCUUUUUUCAACAAUUUGAACCCUGCUGCUUAUGAAACGGUGCGGCUAAUUUAUGGAUUUUUCGAACAGCCAUAAUGUUUUGCAUUCAACAAACAGUUUUCAUAUAACACCGACAGACACUAAAAUAGAUGAUAUUAUUUGUGCUUUGGCAUCAUCUUUUGGACAAGUUCACUCACACAGGUGAUGCGGGUUAAAAACGUACUUCCUGUUUCGUGUCCAUAGCGUUUCAGCUCGAAAGGAUUUUUCUCCAAACAAAGUUUGUAAGUUUUACAAUAGAACUAAAACAAUUCAUACUUACUAAACCGCCCCAUGUGUGAUGUCUGUAGGAGUGUUUUCACGUAUACUUGUAUGUACUAUUGGAAUGUAAUCAAGCUGGCGUUGUUAGCAUUAGGGAAUACGCAGUCACGUUUACAAGUGUCUGUUAGUAUUAUUAACUUACAAUGGCAUUCUUUUUUAAUUGUUUUAGUUUCUUAAAUUCACAAAAAUGUCGCUGUGAAGUUAUUGAGUCUGUUUAGCUGAUUGGAGAGCUAGCUUCUGCAGCUAGUGGGUCCAUGACGAUGAUUUCAGUUUUGUUUAAUCAGCCGUUUUACUGCCGUGUUACAGGCACAAUUAAGGUAUGGAAAAAAACCUUUACAAAAUAUUUCGUACCGGUAUAUAUCUGCAGCUUAUAGUCCGGUGCGGCUAAUAUAUGUAAAAAAUAUUUUUUCUUCUAAUAUUUGGUGGAUGCGGCCUAAAUACCGGUGCGCUCUAAAGCCCGGAAAAUAUGAUAGUUUGUCCACAGCUUUCUUUGCGGAAGCUCCUUUAGCAGAAGGUGUCUUCAGUGGCUUUCAAAACAACACCAUAGCGAUGCUGGAAUUUCAUGUGGCUGCUAAGGUUUGAUGUGUUGAAGCACAAUGUGUUUUUCCACCCUGUGGAAUGUUUGCAAAUAGCACGCACAAUGUCUUCCUCUGAAAUGGUGAAGAAGUCCCAAACUAUCAAAGCUAUGGUUGCGUACAACGCACUCAGGGGAGGUUUACGAUCGGCCGAUUCACAGCAUAGGCAGGAGAAAAGGAGCACUUUAUUUGCCACUGCUACAACGUGUACUGCAAAAGAUGCACAUUCUACAGUCACUUAUGAUGUUAUAACAGGGCUAAUGUUAGCAUAUGCGCAGGUAAAGCAAAAUAAAACAUCUACAACUUACCGCAAUAUGUUUUCUCGAGCUGGAAAUUGAAUUAUUGUAAGCCGGGAUGUGAAUCUUUCUACUGACAGAUGACAGUGCAGGAUCAAAAUUGUCUUUUUCCGUUUGUAUGUAAACGUUGUCAUGUCAAUAUUUACAGUGUGUAGUUCGAGUGUGGUCAUGUGACAACAGGUUUGGAGUCAAACGUCACUAGUGCUUUUGUUGAAUUGGUAAAACAAAGUCAUGUGACAUAACUUUUUCUAAUGAGCGAAAUGAAUAUGUCUUUGCAAGCAGUAAUCAAUAAUUAUAAAUAAAUAAAAUCAUGUGAAUAAAUGUAGCGAUCAGAAUGAAACCCAAUGUAACGUAGUGAAAGUGGUGAUUCUUCUUUACAAAAUAGCAAAAGUUAAAAGUACGUUGCAUUAAAAAACUACCCUAAGUACAAUGUAUUCAAAACGUUACUACAGUAAAUGUAGCGCGUUUCUACCCACCUCUGAAAACAUGCAUAGACAGAGCCUAAUAAAUUACACCUUUUAAUCGAUUGUGCAUGGAGUGACAUGUUACAAAGCGCACGCACACCUGCACACGAACACCUGUAAAUCAAUUUAAAAAAAGGUUUAAAAACAUAAAAAAAGGUUUAAAAACAUAAAAUAAUGUUGCGCAUAGCUUAUAUAGUCUUCAGUUUUACCCAGCCACACACAAACAAAAAGGUUUUGGAAAAUCUCCAUUCUGGACAGAGUUUUCCAAAAGCUCAGUUUUAAUGACAAAAUCCUACGUUUGUGUGUGAACGACAACACAUUAAAAUGUUUAAAUAUCCAUAUAUUUGUGUGGACAUGGCCUUAGUCGAAGUUCCAAGAUGUUAAAAACCUCCCUUUGAAAGGGAUUGUUGUAAAAUAGCAUCAGCAUACAGCAGUCAGUAUUACGUCUAUUUAUUGCUAUUUAUUCUAAUUAUUUGCACAUUAUUUAUUUUUGCCUUCUGUUAUAAAUAUGCCAAAGCAUUUGACACUUUUGAGUUUUGCUUCAUUUUUAAACACAACUGCAUGCAAAAAAAAAAGUCACAGCCCAGCAAAGGAAGGCUAUGCCAAUGUUAUGAAUAUUUUGCAAAUUAGUUGCCAAAACUGCAACAUUGUCUUUUUUUUCCAUAUACAAAAGGGAAGGGGUGUCUAAAGUUCGACCGGGGGGCCAUUUUCGCCUUAUUUUUAUUGGCAUAUUGUGAAACUAAAAUGAAUUGUUAAUGAGAUAUAGCCUCCUGAGAACCAGCAUUCUCUGCAGCAGACGUUUCAGUUGAACAUAACCGGGCUUUUUUUCUCCCAAAAUGAAAACAAAUGUCCACUGCAGUGGACAGUGGUUCUGAAGAUGAUAUCAUUAGAUAUUACAAUAAUUAACUGUGUUCAGAUGUCUUAGCAUAAAUUGACCUGCAUUGGAUAGCUUCUAGCAUAUUUAUUGCACAUAAUGUGCUAAUAAUUCUGUAUGCGGCCCUCAGCGGAGACCUUUUGGACACUCCUGCAAUAGAGCAAUAAUGACACUCAUAUCUGCAUCAGUUUUUUCUUCCAAGCGCCACUGUUGUGUGUAUGUAGUGAAGAGAUAUGACAUAUCAGGGAAUAAGCAAAUUCAUAUUUGCUGUGAUUCUUUGAGGCCUUCUCCUCUUAGGUGAAGUUACAAUUUUGGGGAUUUGGUCAAAGCUUGUCCAUAGGUAUGCAUGAGAAAUUUAGGCAUAAAAGCUUCAGAUGGAGGACUGCAGGUGUUUUGUUUUUUUUUUGUACAUGUUGCACUGCCUGCCUUGUAUUAUUGUAAAAUUAUUGUAGAAAGUAGAAGGUACUACAAUUGUAGGCCUCUGGUGCUGUAAUAUUGACACUGACAAUGUUUUGCUUGUAGCUAAGAACAGCUACUUGAUGCAGGAUUUAAGAACUGUUGCUGAAGGGCUCUGUAAAAGGAGUCAAAGGAGGUCAAACAUUGCGUGUCAGAACGCAACAAAAGCCAACUGUAAAGCCUUAACAAGUUGCGUGUCAAAUCUUUCAGCACCAGAGAGCACCGACAAACACGUUAGACGACACUACGAGCUACUGUAGCCAACUAUAGCCACAAGCUAGUUUAUCUAUUCUUAUAUAAAAAGCACUUCCUCUUAACAAUUGUAACUUUUUGUUUGUUUUUUUCCUCUCCGAGUGAGUAAGUAGCACAAUUAAGGACGAGUUUAGAUUCAGGUAGACGAUGCCUUUAUUUGUAGAAUUAACUUGCUUUUUUUUCUACUGCAAUGCAUCAAGACGUGUGGGAAUAAAAACAAUGAAGAUGUUGAAGAAGACGCUCAAGUGACAUUUUAUAUUGUGAGCAAACUCAGUCACAACUUUUUUUUCUUUCCUAGAGCACAUGAUAUUUUGCGGCAAGAGGCCUUGUAAAUAAGCACUGAGUGGAUCAUUUCUACAGGUCUAUACAGAGCGACGGGUGACGAUGAUGAUUUUCAGGAGCUUCCCACUUUGUUGUUCUUCCUCUGAGGAGGUUUUUGGGGGCCUCCAAUUGUAAAGCACAAAAGCAACACUGGGCAUUUUGUUUCAUUUCCU